UAGGUCUUCAGCAGUGCUUAGAAGUUCAAGUAGGGAACGGAACAUUAGGAAUAUCCGCUGCAUCAAAGGUAAGUCGUAACCUUUAGCUUCUUUCGAUGUGCUCUGUAACGAUUGUUUAAUUACUGAAAGGGUUGAACUUAUGAUGCAGUUUAAGGAGUGAAACGAAGGUAGCGAGUUUAACCGAGUCUAAUUCCAUUAUGACGUUCGUAGAAAUGCUCAUUUGUUACACUGUAAAAGCAUUGUUUUGCCUCGAGGUAUUACGACUGAAACUAUUAAUAUAGUGAUGUAAUGGAAUUCCCUCAGUAGUUUAAAUUUAUUUUCUAGCCGUAAUCUACGAUAGACUGCUAUGAUGCAAAAUACAACAUCAUGACUAGCACUGUCAAACGCAAUAGGAUUAUCUAUGCAAAUUUUUGUGACAAAUACAAUUUCGACAACAACAACACUAAUUAUGCAUCCACCUGAAAGCUCGUUCAAGCUCCAACCCCAAUUUUCUUAUCUUUCCCCUUUUUUAGUUGCUUUUUUAACGCGAUUCAAUUCAUAACACCAUGAAAAAGUCAACAGUGACUAAACGAGUUAGUUCGCGUUAAACUUCUACUUUUAGCAUUAGCAACGAUAUCAAUUUUGCCCUGCAUUCGCCCUAACAAGAAUAUGACGAGAUCUCGCUCUCUAUUUCCAGCACGGCUAAUAUUUGUAGAUCGUAAGAAGUCCGAUUCUUUAGCGACUGAUUAACGCGUUUGUCAUCCUGAAAAGUUUAUUCGCAUCUUUCGUUGGUUUGUCGUAAAUAGCGUUUGGAUUUGCAAAGGGUUCUUGUUGUCAUAACCUUUUACGCGUGACCUGGUGCUAAUUUAAAGAAAUGACCCUGACGCGCACGUGCAAACGUUUCUAGUUCACAGCAGGGAAAUGCAUUUCAUGCACAAAAUACUUGUAGUGACUUGUGCUCGAAAUUUUUAUGAGUUCUCCACGUUAACUUCCUUUAGUUUGUCAUUCCAUGUUUUAUUUUUUUGGUAUUUGAGGAGAAUAAAAUAUCCUUACUUGUUACGUAACGUUGAACGAAUAAUUUUAUCCUUGGCAGGAGCCAUUACCCCUGUCCUUAGUAAGGAUUUCUUCUGAUCAUUGCAGUUCUUUCUUUCUUCUUUCAAUAAUUUAGCAUUUAUGACGAGAAAUAUCUUUCGGCCGUGUCAGUUUGAAAUUUUAUAUUUUGUCGAUAUUCAGAUUACGUGUAAAUCACGCGAUUACGACUUCAACAAUGUUCUCAUCAACCGCCGAUCUCGAUGAGUUAAUAAAAAACUCUUGGCCUAUCCGAUUUUUCAGUGAUUUAGAUUAAGUGAAAUAUAAAACGGCACAAAUUUUGAUAUUGCGAAAAUUUCAUGUGGGUGGAAUAUCACUUUAAUAUUUGCAGUAUUGGAUGGGAAGCACAUUCUCUAUCGUCACGCGUUCCACUUGUCACGUUUGAAAUCACGUGCUCACUCAGCCGGCAAGCAUUCUGUGAGGAACGUCCUUGCAGACUUUGCUUUAAGGCUUUUACCACCUACUCGCGAACGAAGAAACGCUAAUAUAAAGAGGGCUGCUUGCACGCACGCUUAUUCCCACACACAAAUAUCUCUUGUUUAAAAGUUUUAAUAAGAUUACAACCUUGAGAUAAAGGAAAAAAUAGGAGCGAAAGACCUAUCACGGCUGCAAAUUUCCUAAGAACCUUAAUUGUGAGAGACAGCUAGCUAGGGAAUUCAAGCACAGGGGUUUUCCUUGAAACGCUGUUGGUGACCGGAACGCGAAUGCGAUUGCCCUGUUUUAUGCGCACGAUAACGCCUACUAAUCUGUUGGAAAGGCAAUUCUUUUAGCAGCAAAAGACAAACACCAGAGAUUCGCUCUAAGCUCUGGGAUAAAGUCCUCAGAACUAUCGCCUACCCUUCUUUUCAGAGUUAGAAAUCUUGAAAUGUCUCCUUCCGUUUGAACAAACAAUUCAGAACUAUCUCUUUUAUGCUUGAUCAUUUUUACGAAAAUUUUUUUAACGCAAAAUUUUUUUCACUAUAAAUGGUAUACCCCAUUGUUUCUCAGGCGCUUCCACCGUCCUACCCAUGACCGAAACGCAAGACAUCUCUCCCUUGUUCCAAACUGCUGAUGAGCAAUCUGAGCCAAUCAAAGCGGAGGUUAAAGGUAACCUCCCCUCAUGGCUGACCGGGACCAUGAUAAGGAAUGGACCUGGUAGAUUCGAGUGUGGUGACACGUCGUUUAAUCACUGGUUUGAUGGCCAAGGUCUGCUACACAGCUUUCACAUACAAGAUGGUCACGUGACUUACAGCUCCAAGUUUGUACGAAGCGAAAGUUAUGCAGACACAAAGAAACGCAAAAACUCCAUUCAUCUCGAAUUCGGCUCUUUUAUUGCCCCAGAUCCCUGCCAGAAUAUCUACGACCGUUUUGUGUCGAAGUUUUGGAUGAGUGAAGUGCCUUUUGACAACGCAUUUGAUUCCGUGUUUACCUUGAAGGACAGAGUCUUUGCAGCAGCUGAUUCCAACAUCAUAUUUGAAAUCGAUCCCAAGACCUUGGACACUUUAGAUAAGGUCGAUUUUGCCAAAGAGUUUCCAGGUGAAAUGAGCAUUUCUUGGUAAACAGUUUGUAUUAAUCAGUUAAAUAUUUACUACUCUUUCUGUUGGUCAAUAUAAGGUUUGAAGGUGAAUGCACUGCUUCCAUAAAAUAAAACUCUUUCUCUUACUGACAUUUUAGAUUUGACCAAUCAGAGAGCCGUUAGGUCUCGGUUAUUUCUUUGUAUAUAGAUCUAUCCCAAUCCACCUUUUAAUUAACUACUCACCGUAGUUGUUUGUCCCGCAAGGUGACGCCAAGAUCAAAUUCACCACAGCACAUCCCCAACACACUGAGGAUGGUUCACUAAUCAACAUCUCCGUAACACAUGCUAAAGACUCCAUGUACGAUAUCAUAGAAAUCCCAGCCUCCAGGACGGGAAAGGACGAGCAUCCUCUGGAGGGGGGUAAAUUGAUUUGCUCGAUCCCACCCACCAACGGAGUUGGGUAUAUCCACAGUUUUUGCAUCACCGAGAACUAUAUCGUGGUUCCUGAAGCACCACUGGUACUGAAUUUGUGGGAGGCUUACGUUCACCGUUUAAAGGAGAGCGGUGUCGUUGAUUGGUUCCAGUGGAUAGAAAAUGAACGUGGCAGAUUCCAUGUUGUCGACAGGAAGAAAGGUACUCACGUUGGAAUAUUUACAGCUGAUCCGUUUUUUACGUUCCAUCAGGUCAAUGCUUUCGAAAGGGACGGAAAUAUUUAUGUAGACACUUGCUGUUUCCAUGAUCACACAAUCAUCAAGCAGACAUACUUGCAUAACAUGCGAUCCACCAUAAUCCCAGGGGUAAAGAAGCUCGAUAUCCCUGACAUUCGACGCUACGAGCUUCCUCUCAAAGACCUCGGAGAUGUAAAAUAUGGAAAGCCCCUUGAGAGAGGACCUGACGGCCUGGAUUAUACUAUUCUACAUGCCGGCGUGGAAUUUCCAAUUAUUAAUGACACAGAAAAGAAUGGCAAGCCCUACAAUUUUUUCUAUGGUGUAGGAGCUGAUGAUCAAAAGUGGUUUAGUCACCUGGUGAAGGUGAAUACAGAGACCAAAGAGUAUAUCACGUGGGGAGAGCCUGGAGGUUUUGCGUCAGAGCCUGUAUUUGUCAAAGCGCCUGAUGGGAAAGAUGAAGAUGACGGUGUGGUGCUGUCAUGCGUAAUAAACAUCCCAGAGGAGACCACCUACCUUUUGGUGCUGGAUGGAAAAGAAUUCAAGGAAUUGGGGCGAGGUGUAGUAAAAGGAAUUACACCAAUGAGCUUCCACACCGGCUUCUUCAAAUAGAACAUAAACUCGUAUGUUAUCACCUGGCUAAGCUUUAAAUGGAUCGUGGUCUACUUUUGUAGAACUUGUAGAGCUCCAUUUAGCCCAUCCUACUUUACUAAGUUGAGAAGCCGUAUGAAUGAUUUAUUUCAGUAUAAUUGUUCAGGUGAUUAUCGAGAUACGCGCACUUUGAUUGAUUGCGGAUUGCGUCAUAUCUCGCGAUAGUCACCACUCGCGCAAGUUGUUUGAUAUUAAAGCAUAGAGUCGGAUCAAACAGCUGAAGUAAAAUUUAUGUCUUUCCCAAUGAAUGUUAGGCUAUUGCUUUGGCAGUUGUAACUAGUAGCUAGUAGCUAUCAGAGUGCGAUAUCCUGGAAUUCUCCGACGCAGGAGACAGUAGCCAAGAAGUCUCAAAAUUUGGUUAUGUGUGUUUUAAUGAAAACUAAAGUUUUACAAGGUCUUCGCACGAUCACGAUCAAAGGCUAUCCAAAAUAUCGACGUUUCGGAUUGACAACUUAUUGGGAGUGUACUUCCUGUCAUUUUACAUAUAUCUGGGCUAAAAGAUUACAUAAUUGCGUAAUGUGCCCUAGUCCCCGCCAUGCGAUAUAGAAUUCUAAGAUCUUAUUUACUUAUUUACUGUAUCGCAAUUUGUUUUUUUAUCACAACCUUUAAUCAAAUCUCCUAAUGCCAAAUCUGCAAUCUUCAUUUUGCUCUGUAAUGGGCGUGGGAUUUGUUACCAACUAAAUUUUAUUUUUAGCUUGUAUUAUGUAAACAGGUUUCUCUACAACGGUCAUGGUCAACCCACACUUUAUUAUAGUUACAGCUUUGGAAAUGUGCGUACCUUACAUUUUAGAAUAUUUUAAUGUUGAUACCUUAUUUAUUGACCAAGUUGCUUUCGAAGUCGUAUUAAUUGUGUCGGAAAAGAUAUGACUGCAUCUUUAACAAAUUCGCUCAAGUUUUUAAGGUCUUUUAUUAAGUUAGAAUUUCAUUAAAUGACUAAGAUACACACUUGCUGAUAAUUUGUGCUUUACUAAAGAAUUUGUCAAUUUAUUCGUUCACUCCUUUUGAUAAUUGGAACAGUAUCCAAGGAGGCAACAACAAAUCAAACAAAAAAAAAAACACAAAAAAAUCCAAGAUUGAAAUUAUGAAGAUAUGUUGGUGGAAAGCAAUUAUAGUUUUAUGAACGCAGGCUUUCUCUUCUCAAAUUUGUUUCAACAUGAAAUAAGUUGCUUUGUUGGUUUUGUUGACAGUUUGCUAGUUUGUCCAUCUUUUGCUUAGUCCUCGUAAUUGGGAAAUCUGAAUGGCUCGUAAAAUCGUUCGAUUAUAUUACACACAAAAAAAGCUCAAAGAAAACAAACAGAAUAACAUCUUACCUUUAAAUGAUUCUAUGUAACAUGCAGUCACGUGAUGGUAAUUACGCUCUCUGCAACAAUAUAUAUCACUGGAAAGGAUUAUUAUCAUUAGACCUCACUAACAUAUGUUGUUUUUAUUUACUUCUUUAUUUACUUCUGAUAAUAUCAUUACUAAUAUUUUUUCAAGAGAUUAAAAACUGAGAGAACCUAUCCGCGUGACCCACGAUGUUUUUUUAAAGUCUAUUUUAAAUUUC